AUGCUGAUUUUCAACGGAACAAAUCAUUUAUUGUUUUUAUUGUUAUUACCUAUUGCAUUUGACAUAGGAGGAAAAACAGCCGGUUUGGCUUUAUCAUUAUCAUUAUUUAUAUAUUACAGUAUUUUAGGUUUAGCAAGAGUGCUGUGGUGGAAAAAUCAGGGUUUAGGUUGGAUAUUUUUACAACUUUUAACAAUAUCACAACCCUUCUUGUUUCCUUAUUUUCUUAUCCAUUCAUUUCAAAUUACAUACACGUUGAUCGGAGAAAAACAAAUACCGACUAUUUUAAAUUAUUAUGAAGCUUUUUUGACAUAUUUAGCGCCAUUAUUCGCAAUCAUUGAAGGUGCUUCUACAGCAAUAGUUAUUAUUAUAUUUAGACACAAAGUUCAACAAUAUUUGGAGCAAGACGAAGGAAUACAAAUAUUUAUAUCUGUAAUAUCGUUAAUUAAUUACGUUGCAUCAAGUUAUGUACUUUAUAGCAUCUAUACGAUAUCAGGAAUGGAUAUAUAUAACGCGACAUUGAUCGGAUCAUUUAUGACACUAACCCUUGUAAUCACAAUUUCGUUGGCUUUAAAUAAAAUAGAUGAUACAAAUCUUUGGCCAGAUUUAUCUCUUUUGCAUUUGAUGGAUUUUGUGGGAAAGAUUCGAUCGAUAACAGCCAUUCAGAAAGCUUUAUCUUUAAAGUUUUUCAUGGCAAUCGUAUAUCGUUCAGGCGUUAUUUUGAGUGCAUUUUAUUUCUUGAAAAUGCAAAAUGAAGAAAAUGAUGAGUGGGGAGGACUUGUUGAAGAGAAUCUGAGUCAGAGAAUCCUGAAUUUCAUCAUGUCAUUAACUACGCCGGGUAUUAUUGCCGUAUAUACACAUCUUUUACUUUGUCAUUAUGAUUAUUUAGACACUGGAACUGGAAUGUGGAGAUGGGCUAGUAUUGCAGUGUGUUGGAUAUUAUACAUGCGGCAUCUCUAUGUUGAGAAUGAAUAA